UGCGUCGCUGACUCGAGAGACGGUCCGUGUACGCAUCGUCGACUCCAUCGCUCCUUUUUGCGGGCCACCGGGAGGUGCAUGGCCCCAUCGCCUCGCCUGACGAUGAACGCAGAGCAGGGCUCGCCGUCCCAGGACGCGCAAGUUGGCCAUCCUCAGGAGGAGACGGAGGACGCGCAGCCCAAGGACAUGACCACGGAGAAGGAGAGGAGCCGCCUCCCGUUCAGCGUCGAGUCUUUGAUUUCCAAGAAGAGCACCUGUAGGACUUCUUUCGAGUCGACCGUGCAUGCUCAGAACCCCGCGGCGCACUACUCUCCGAGGACUUUUUAUGCAGAGGGCUCGCCGGCUAAUUGCAGCGGCUCCACGGAGGACACGCUGCACUCGGCUGACAGCGACCAGAGCACUUGGUUCCAGGGGAACUCUCGGAGCUCCAGUCCAUCCCAGUGUACUUUACGGAAACACAAAAACAACCGUAAACCUCGCACGCCCUUCACUACCUCUCAGCUGCUGGCCCUGGAGCGCAAGUUCCGCCAGAAGCAGUACCUCUCUAUAGCCGAGAGAGCCGAGUUCUCCAGCUCGCUCAACCUGACCGAGACCCAGGUGAAGAUCUGGUUCCAGAACCGCAGGGCCAAAGCCAAGAGGCUACAGGAAGCCGAGUUAGAGAAGUUUAAGCUGGCCACCAAGCCCGUCCUGUCCGCCUUUGCACUGCCUUUUCCCCUCAGCGCGCACGUGCAGGGCUCAGCGACUUGGGCCCCCUCGAACCCCUAUCCUAGGCCGAAUCUGCCGAUGCCGGGGCUCUUUGGUGGACCUGUCACGUACGGGAUGUACUAUUUGUCUUAGCAUUGCUGUGUGUGCUGUAAUGGGAAACAGGUUGCAAAAACACUUAAAGGCACAAUAAAUAUUUUCAACUGGGAAAAAAUAUUUUUAGACACGUUCUUCUUACCUCCAAAAACUGAAAACUAUAUUGUUAUAGACGUUGUACAAAUGUGUGUAUUUGUGGGGAGAAAAAGUGCGGUUUGCAUGAGUUUAUUGACUGUAUUUGAGACUGAGUAGUUAAAAGUACUUAAAGGAAGUGCCUUCAGAGCCAGCAUCAACUUUUGUCUUCUUCAGCUGUUUAUUUUCCUUACCAUGAAGUUGUCAGCAGAGAGACAAUUUAUUACUGUAUUAAAUGUGUGUAUCAAAUAGUGUUUACUCUGCCAACGUUGCCUUUAAGAGGAUUACAAUAGAAUUUUAUGGGAUUUUGUGGUAUAGCCUAUGUAAAUAAAAAGUCCAGCUGUAGAGGAAAAGCAGGACCUUUGUAUUUAUUGAUUCUUUUGUACUGUGUACACUUUUCUAUAUGAAAAUCUAUAGUGACAUGUAAAUAAAGUUACAACAUAUCUGAA